UAGACAAGAGAAGAGAAGAGAAGAGAAGAGAAGAGAAUGUAUAGAUGGAGAAGUUGUUGAAAUGCGAAUCUCAAUUUGUUAAUGGAUGUAGCUGUGAAGAUCUGAGGCUGGUCAGGCGCCUUGGCCAUGGCAACAUGAGCACGGUUUUCUUGGCUAUCCAUCGGGGAACCAACAAGGUUUUGGCGGUCAAAGUGAUGAGUAAGGAGCUUCUUCAACAGAGAAAUGCCCACAAAAUAGCAGCUACGGAGAGGGAGAUUCUGUCUUGUUUGGACCAUCCUUUUCUGCCGUCUCUGCUUACUCACUUUGAGUCAGAUACUCAUACAUUUCUGGCCAUGGAGUAUUGUUCUGGUGGAGAUAUUAACGUCUUGAGGCAUAGACAACCCAGUAAAACCUUUUCAGAAUCCACCAUAAGGUUCUACGCGGCAGAGGUUGUUUUAGCGUUGGAGUAUUUGCACGAGCAGGGAAUAUUAUACAGAGAUCUGAAGCCGGAGAACAUCUUAGUGCAAGAUAGUGGGCACAUAAUGCUCACUGAUUUUGAUUUGUCCCUGCGUCUCAUACCCGAUGAUGGCGAAGAUGGUGAAAGGCUGAGUCGUUCGUUUGUGGGUACAGAGGAGUACAUCGCGCCGGAGGUCCUAUGGGGCAAAUUCCACUCAUACGCCGUCGACUGGUGGUCCCUGGGCGUCUUUCUGUACGAAAUGAGUCAUGGACGGACGCCUUUUAGGGGGUCAAAUAGAAAGGACACUUUUGUCAAUAUUAUGAGCAAGGAUCCCUUAUUCUCGUCCUCAUCUUCUCUGCACGAUCUUAUUCGGAAGCUCCUUGCGAAAGAGCCGACAGAGAGGCUAAACAGAAAGCAAGUGAAAAGCCACCCAUUCUUCCGCGGCUUGAGAUGGGAUCAACUGCAGUUUGUUUCGAGGCCUCCUUUUGUGCCGCCGCUCUCUCCUGAAACUACGCCCAGUUUUCACGCAGAAGUAGUUGGAGGAGGAAGAGAUAUGAGCAUUCAAUCCGACAGCUACAGCUAUGUAAAAUGUGACUUGGAAGAAGACAAUACAAGCAAAUGUAAAUUUCCGGAGUUUUAGAGGAUAUAGGGGAGAGAUUCGUUGGGCAUUUUAAUUUCAAAUUUUUUCAAAAUUUUAUGUGGAAAUUUCAAAUCAUUUUUAAUUUUUUUUGCAACA